AUGCAGUGCUCCAAGUCCAGCACUGACUACACCUCCAAGUACUUACAGGACACAAACUAUGACGGGACUCUGUGCCACAGCAUCCAGUACAGAUCUGGAGACAAGCGCUACAUGUUAGUGGGACCCAGAAUGAGCGUAGGCUCCACUAUAGUCCCAGGGAGCCAAGCCAACACACUAGUGCUGCCGGACAGGAGGAGGCCUUCUGAGGAGUGCGCUGUGGCUCAGAUCAGAUACUCUGUCCCGGAGGAGGUGAGGGACGGGACUGUUGUUGGAAAUGUCGCAAAGGAUCUUGGUCUGGAUGUGUCCUCUUUGCGUGAAAGACGGUUCCGUGUUGUUUCUGAAUCAAAUGAAGAUAUUUUUGCAGUAAACGCAGAUGACGGCGCUUUGUACGUCCACGGCCACAUUGACAGAGAGCAGCUGUGUCAGGGCAGCGGUACGUGCCUGAUGGAGCUGAAGGUUCUGGUAGAAAACCCUUUGGAAGUUCAUUAUGUGGUUGUAGAAGUCACUGACGUCAAUGAUCACGUUCCCACUUUUCCUAAAGGAAACGAAACUAUAGAAAUAGCAGAACAAACACCGUCUGGAAAAAGAUUCCAGCUUCACCCUGCUAAUGAUCCUGACGCAGGAGUAAACUCUAUUCGAACCUACACGUUGUCUGCUAACGGACAUUUUGACAUCAAUAUCCGCGAAACUGAUGAAGUGACCUCUUUGUCAAACACAGUGUCUGAAAACUCCAAACCAGGGACAGUAGUUUCUCUCAUCCGCGUCAAAGACAAAGACUCUGGAGUGAAUGGUAAAAUCAUCGCUCACAUCACAAACAACGUGCCUUUUGAGCUCAAACCCUCGUACAAAGAAAACACAUAUUCAGUUGUCACUAAAGACUUCCUGGACAGAGAGAAGGAAGUGACUGACCACAGUCUGUUUGGCUUGGACCGCUACACAGGACAGAUCAGGACACUUCGCUCAUUCACAGAGACAGACGAGGCCCAGCACAAACUCGUCAUACUGGUCAAAGACAAUGGCAACGUGUCGCUCUCAGCUACAGCUACUGUGCUUGUCAAAGUGGUGGAGGCCAGAGAGGCGUCUGCAGCUUCUGACGUGAAGAGCUCCGCUAAAGACGCUGAGGACACUAAUGUGACUUUUUACCUGAUGAUAACUCUGGCCUCGGUCUCAGCUCUGUUCAUUAUCAGUAUCAUUGUGCUGAUUGCAAUGCAGUGCUCCAAGUCCAGCACUGACUACACCUCCAAGUACUUACAGGACACAAACUAUGACGGGACUCUGUGCCACAGCAUCCAGUACAGAUCUGGAGACAAGCGCUACAUGUUAGUGGGACCCAGAAUGAAGCGUAGGCUCCACUAUAGUCCCAGGGAGCCAAGCCAACACACUAGUGCUGCCGGACAGGAGGAGGCCCUCUGA